AUGACCUUGUUAGUGGGCGGUUUUGAGUCCCACGUUUUAUUCGACUCUGGAGCAUCGAAUUGCUUCAUUACACCGGAGCGUGCCGAGAAGAGUGGCAUCCGGAGUAGCGCGGGCGAGAGCGCGGGCAUGGUCAAGGUGGCGGGAGGUGGAUUCUUGUCUACUUUGGGCCGUGCUAGAGGAGUCGAGAUCGAGAUUGCGGGGCAGUCAAUGCCAGCAGACUUAGUCAUCAGUCCGGUGGAGCUGUAUGACGUUAUUCUCGGGAUGGACUGGUUGUCACACUACAGAGUUCAUCUGGAUUGCUACAGAGGUAGAGUGGUCUUCGAGCGAGAUGCAGGGAGGUUGGUUUAUCAGGGAGUGAGACCGACUUCCGGGAGUAUUGUGAUAUCUGCUAUUCAGGCCGAGCAGUUGUUAGAGCGGGGCUGUGAGGCGUAUCUGGCGACGAUUUCUAUGUCUGAGUCAGGAGCUGGAGUUGUUAUGGGAGAUAUUGAGGUUGUCCAGGAUUUUGAGGAUGUCUUUCAGUCACUGAAGGGAUUACCACCAUCUCGGUCUGAUCCUUUCACGAUUGAGUUAGAGCCGGGGACAGCACCGAUAUCGAAGACGCCUUACAGGAUGGCGCCAGCUGAGUUGGCAGAGCUGAAGAAGCAGAUAGAGGACCUUUUGUCUAAGGGGUUCAUUCGACCGAGUGUUUCACCGUGGGGAGCACCGGUGUUGUUUGUGAAGAAGAAGGAUGGAGUUUCAGACUUUGUAUCGAUUACAGAGAUUGACUUGGCAUCGGGGUAUCAUCAGAUCCCGAUAGAUGAGGCAGAUGUCAGGAAGACUGCUUUCAGGACGCGUUAUGGGCAUUUUGAGUUUGUGGUUAUGCCUUUCGGUUUGACUAACGCGCCGGCAGCCUUCAUGAGAUUGAUGAACGACGUGUUCAGGGAGUAUUUGGACGUGUUCGUCAUCAUUUUCAUUGAUGAUAUUCUGGUAUACUCGAGGAGUCAGGAGGAGCAUGCGACUCACUUGAGGUUGGUUCUGGAGAAGCUUCGGGAGCAGAAGCUUUUUGCUAAGUUGAGCAAGUGCAGUUUCUGGCAGCGAGAGAUGGGAUUUCUUGGCCACAUUGUUUCUGCAGAGGGAGUUUCUGUGGAUCCGGCUAAGAUUGAGGCUAUCAGAGAUUGGCCUAGACCUAGUAGUGCCACCGAGAUCAGGAGUUUUCUGGGUUUGGCAGGAUACUACAGGAGGUUCGUCAAGGGGUUUGCUACCAUGGCGCAGCCGAUGACGAAGUUGACCGGGAAGGAUGUCCCUUUUAUUUGGUCAGCUGAGUGUGAGGAGAGCUUUAGUCAGCUCAAGGAGAUGUUGACUACUACACCAGUGUUGGCGUUACCCGAGCCAGGGAAGCCUUACAUGGUGUAUACAGAUGCUUCAGGCAUUGGUCUUGGUUGUGUGCUGAUGCAGGAGGGCAGAGUGAUAGCAUAUGCUUCGAGACAGUGGCAGGGCAGUGAGCGUAACCGUCCUACACAUGACUUAGAGUUGGGAGCAGUGAUCUUCGCGUUGAAGAUUUGGAGGUCUUACUUGCUAGGUGAGACAGUACAGGUCUUCACGGAUCACAAGAGUUUGCAGCAUAUCUUCACUCAGCCGAUGAUGAACGCGAGACAGACGCGCUGGGUUGAGUUCUUGGCGGACUAUCAGGUGAGCAUUAACUACCAUCCGGGCAAGGCUAACCUAGUGGCGGACGCGUUGAGUAGACGGAGGUAUGAUUCCGCAGUUGAGCGAGAUGUGGAGUCUCUAGUUGGCGAGAUCAGUACCUUGCGUUUGUGUGCCAUUUCGCAGGAGCCUUUGGGUUUAGAGGCAGUGGAUCAGGCGGAUCUACUUAGCAGGAUCAGAGUUGCUCAGCAGAGUGAUCAGAGUUUGCUGGAUGCGACGAGAGUGACUGGUUCUGAGUAUGAGGUCUCUGCGAAUGGGACUAUCUUGGUUCGUGGGCGAGUUUGUGUGCCUAAGGAUGUGGAGUUGAGACAUCAGAUUUUGGGAGAGGCUCACGCGAGCAAGUUUUCCAUUCAUCCGGGAGCGACCAAGAUGUACCAUGACCUCAAGAGGUACUAUCAUUGGGUCGGGAUGAAGAGGGAUGUAGCAGACUGGGUUGCGAAGUGCAACACUUGUGCCUUGGUGAAGGCAGAGCAUCAGGUUCCGGGUGGUCUUUUGCAGAGUUUACCCAUUCCAGAGUGGAAGUGGGACAGGAUUACGAUGGAUUUCGUGGUUGGACUACCUGUUUCGAGGACUUUCGAUGCUAUCUGGGUGAUUGUGGAUCGGUUGACUAAGUCUGCACAUUUCUUGGCCAUCAAGAAGACAGAUGGAGCUGCUGUCUUGGCUAGGAAGUUUGUGCGAGAGAUUGUGAGGCUGCAUGGAGUGCCAGCUAGUAUUGUGUCAGACCGUGAUCCCAGAUUCACUUCAGAGUUUUGGAGGGCGUUUCAGGCAGAGAUGGGCACUAAGGUGCAUCUGAGUACAGCUUAUCAUCCGCAGACAGAUGGUCAGUCAGAGAGGACUAUUCAGACUUUGGAGGAUUUGCUGAGGAUGUGUGUGUUGGAUUGGGGUGGCCAUUGGGCAGAUCACCUGAGCUUAGUUGAGUAUUGGCAUGGCUCCAUUUGA